AGCACCGGCCAGAAACAGGAUGGAGGAAGCACCGCAUCGCAUUCCCAUCCUACCUUAGUCCGGCUGCUUACUUAAUCCAAUAGUCAACUGCCACGUUUCCAUCUUCCAGGUGUCCACGUCGACGUGCCUCAACAGUAUGUUAUGAGUUCAGACACCCCAAAACCCCAAAAAACAAAGCAAGCGUCAACCGUCAUCUCUCUCUCUCUUUCUCUCUCUAAAUUCCAACUUCUUUUUCUGAUCCUUAUACCCAAACGCCCGCUUUCCAUUCCUUUCUCGUCAGAUUUUCUCGAGAAAGUGUUUGGGAGGGGGGAUUCAUCCAUCUUUGAUAUUUUGAUAUAGUUUUCGAUUAUUAUGAGCUUUCAAGAUCUCGAGGCUGGACGGCCCUUGGCGGCCUCUAGGAGAGACCUCAUCAAUGGCAAGAAAGACUCUACGCAAGCGGUUGUCUCUGGAAUCUUCCAGAUAACCACCGCCGUUUCGACUUUUCAACGCCUUGUUAAUACUCUUGGCACUCCUAAGGAUACCCCUGAGCUCCGUGAGAAGCUGCACAAAACAAGGCUACAUAUUGGGCAGUUGGUUAAGGAUACUUCAGCAAAACUUAAACAAGCAAGUGAAACAGAUCAUCAUGCUGGUGUUAGUCAAAGCAAAAAGAUUGCUGAUGCUAAACUUGCAAAAGAUUUUCAAGCAGUUCUGAGAGAAUUUCAAAAGGCUCAACGGCUUGCGGCUGAGAGAGAAACAGCAUACACCCCUUUUGUUCCCCAGGCAGUUCUUCCAUCAAGCUAUACGGCUAGUGAAAUGGACAUGAAGUCUGAUACGAGUCCAGAGCAGCGUGCUCUUCUUGUGGAAUCAAGAAGACAGGAGGUCCUGUUGUUGGACAAUGAGAUUGCCUUCAAUGAGGCUAUCAUUGAGGAAAGAGAGCAGGGAAUACAAGAAAUUCAGCAGCAAAUUGGUGAGGUGAAUGAGAUUUUUAAAGAUCUUGCUGUUCUUGUUCAUGAGCAAGGAGCUAUGAUUGGUAAUUCCUUUUUCUCUUUUCAUGUGGAACUAGAUAUAUAUAUAUAUUGGGUCAUUCACCAUAGUGGACUACACCCCUUCCCUCUCACUUUAUGCACUACAUUCCCCUUGCCUGCCCUGUGUAUUGCAGAUGAUAUUGGAUCUCAUAUAGAAAAUGCUCAAGCUGCCACUGCACAGGGAAAAACACAACUUGUGAAAGCAGCAAAAACCCAAAGAUCAAAUUCUUCUCUGGCAUGCUUGUUGUUGGUGAUAUUUGGGAUUGUGCUGUUGAUUGUGAUCGUAGUACUUGCUGCUUGAUUCAGAGUUAAUCUUGAGUUCAAUCGCUGACCAUUUCAAGAGGUGUUGGAAACAAGAUAAGAGAUCUCCUUGCUAAUUUGUUUGUUUUUUUUUUUUUUUUUAAACGAGAAAAUCGUGACUGUCUCACUGCUGGUGUUAAAGGUGGUAAUAUAUUGGUUGGCAUUUGCAUAGGGUUGAUAUUUAUGGGUGGUUUAAUUUAUCUUGGUUCUGUUCUUUUCUGUGUUAUUCAGUUGUGUUGGGAUUCUAGGGCGCGUGUGAUAGGGUUGUCUUUGUUCUUUUCAACUUUGAAACUAAUAAAUAAAAUAUUAAUUCUUUUGCUUGUCUCUGUAA